UCGGACCAGGCUUCUGCAGCUCCGGCGAGCAGGCGAUCAAGAGCCUCGCUCGCCAGCGAGUGGGGGCGCCGUUGUCGGUCCACGGCUCUUUCCAGCGCAAAUCUCUCGCCUCCCAAGCUGCUCUUUGCCCCUCGGGGGAAGACUGCUGUGCGCAGGACUGCACAUGCACAUGCCCGUGUCCACUUUAUAUAGAGGCUGCGUUGGUACUUGGCCCAUUAGGCAUGAAUUAUUCACGGUUUAUUACUGCAGUAAGUGCGGCAAGAAAAGCUUCUCCAAUAAGAGUCCUCACUGAAUUGAUGCAGAGGUCUCCACCAUCAUUAAUCUCUCUGGCGGGAGGAGCACCCAAUCCCAAUACCUUUCCUUUCAAAACUGCCAGCAUUACCAUUGGAGAUGGAACCACAGUUGAAAUUGGGGAAGACUUGAUGAAGCGAGCUCUCCAGUAUUCUGCUUCCGCAGGUAUUCCAGAGCUGCUGUCCUGGUUAAAGGAUUUACAGAAGAGUCUCCAUAACCCUCCAACAGCUGACUAUGCACCUGAUGACGGACAAAUGGAAUUGUGUGUCACCACUGGCAGUCAAGAAGGGUUGUGUAAAGUGUUUGAAAUGCUUAUUAAUCCUGGAGACAAUAUUCUUUUGGAUGCACCCUCCUAUCCUGGGACAUUAGCAGCUCUGAGACCAUUGGGCUGUAACAUCAUUAAUGUCCCUAGUGACCAACAUGGAAUUAUUCCAAAAGCCCUGAAGGACAUUCUCUCCAGGUGGACUCCGGAAGCUGCAAAAAACCUCAACAGUCAUGUCCCCAAAUUUCUUUAUACCAUUCCUAAUGGUGGGAAUCCUACAGGAGCCUCAUUGACAGCAGACCGCAAGAAAGAGAUCUAUCAGCUUGCGAGGCACUAUGAUUUCCUUAUCAUAGAAGAUGAUCCAUAUUACUUUCUUCAGUUCAAUAAGCCUUGGGCACCAACCUUUCUUUCAAUGGACACUGAUGGCCGAGUUAUCAGAACUGACUCCUUCUCCAAGAUCCUCUCUUCUGGGUUAAGAAUUGGGUUUCUAACUGGGCCUAAACCUCUUAUUGACAGAGUCAUUCUACAUAUACAGGUUUCCACAAUGCACACUAGCACUUUCACUCAGAUUAUAAUAGCCCAGCUUCUUCAACAGUGGGGACAAAAAGGUUUCCUGAACCAUGUAGACAGUGUGGUGGAUUUCUACAAGAAACAGCGGGAUGCAAUGCUUGCUGCGGCAGACAAGUGGCUAAAAGGCCUAGCAGAGUGGCACUCACCUGCCGCUGGAAUGUUCCUAUGGAUUAAAAUUAAAGGAGUUUCUGACACACAGGACCUGAUCAUGAAAAAAGCUUUAGACAAACAAGUGCUGCUGGUUCCUGGAAGAGCCUUUAACAUUAGCAGUUCCGAUCUGAGCCCUUAUGUGAGAGCUUCCUUCUCACUGUCUACUCCAAGUCAAAUUGAUCAGGGGUUUCAAAGAUUGGCUGAACUCAUCAAAGAAGCUGUAUGAUUUCCCCAUGUGGACAUUGCUUAAAAAGCUAGAGAAAGUUCAAGAGAAACUCCAUUUGGGUUUCCAACUUUCUUCAGAGUAUGCUGUGAAGUGAAAUGUAUGUGUUUUACUUUUUCUUCCUAUUGGAAUGGUUAUUUUGAGGCUGUAUAUUAACAUCUCAGAACACUGAGUUAAGGUAAUAUAUGUACUUACACACUGAUUAACUAAUCUGCCAUGGGAGUGUUACUUGAAGCAAAGAAAACACCAUCUGCCAGCAAAGAGUUUAAUAUCUUUCAGGCUCUACAGUGCUGAUAUUUGUCUCUUUUUAUUCUGCCUGACAUUGAGCAUUAUGAAUUUCGAGGCAAGUUCACAUUUGCCGGACUGAAAUUAACUCAUAAAAUCUAUCCCUUUUAAUCUUCUUGUGUAUCUUUUUCUGUUCCUCAUAUUUUAAUCAAAAAUAUUCUGAAUUAACCAUAUUCCACACUAUUACAUUGCUUUGACAUUUAAAAUGGACACAAGUUUUAAAGGAUUUUUUUAAUGUUCUUGGCAGAAAGGCAGGGUACAAGUCAAAUAUGUGUUACUUGUGCAGAAUUAAAGGCUGUUUUGAUACCAUAAGCAAUUCCUCAUCACCUUGUUGCUUUGAAGGCCUUGGAUUAAAGCUGCAAUCUUGUGCAUACUUACCUGAGAGUAAGUAUACACAGUAAAUGAAACAUACUUUAAGACAGACAUAUAGACAACGCUUAUGCAAGUAUUGGUCCUACUGGCCACUUGCCUAUGACAGUAAUAGCUGUUUUACAAGAAUGUAUUUUUGCCUCUUCACACAUGCACACAAACAGAAGGGGUGUAUUUGUAUAUAUGAACCUCAUCCACAAGCCAAAUCCAACCCUUUGGAGCUAUCCAAAAGAUUGUAGCCCAAGCAUCAAGUAUUUGGUGGUUUCUCAGCUUUUGUGAAUUUCUCCCCUUAUUCAAAAAUGUUGAAAUGUCUUUCCUGAGGCUUCGUUACUAGCAAGAAGAGCUUUAAGCUAAAAUAUGUUGAAAUUGGUGGUGUUUUGGCCUUUGGUCCUGCAAGUCAUGGGAAUGUGUUCCCUAAGUGCUUCUCCGACAUUUGGGCCUCAGGAGAAAGGAAUUCAAUACCCUUCCAACCCAUCUGGAGAGUACCAGGUUGGUGAAGGCUGCCUCAGAGUUAUCCUAGAUGCCUCUAACAAUACCCCUUUUGUUCUGCUUCCAGUUGAAAAGGGCAGACUUCCAAUGUUCUUGGAAGUCUGUCCAUUCUCCCACUUUGUUUCUAGACUAGCUUUUUUCAGAGACAGAAGAUGCUAGAAGCAAAAUGGAAUCUAAGUCCAAAUAUGACUGGACAGCUUGGACUCUUAUGUGCCUUCCCCCACACUUUCCAUCCGUCAGUCCGCAACAGCUACAAAGAGGAUUUAUCAUAUUAUACGUUGACUUGCAAAAGCAACCACUCCUGUAAACUCGGAGGCCACUGUUGCUUUACAAACAUGUAGGCAGCUGCUUUCAGUCAUCUGAGUGUUUCACCCUUGCUCACGAGGAGGCAGAACGGAGUACUGCCAGGACUCCUCAUAUCCUGGGAGAUCCCUGCUCCUCCACUCCUGAUCCCCAGGAAUGUCCCCCAUAAACCACCUUCAAAAUUGCACGUGACUUUGCAACCACAGCCAGUGUGGAAAAACAUACACUGGCUGCAAGGUAGGCAUUGUUAAGGUCAGAGCCCCAGCUCCACCCUGAAGGCACUUUUUCCCAGCUGGGGCUCCAGAUUUUCCAAUGGCCAUCUAGACAACAUCUAGCAGCCAUAGGAUUGUGCCUUUGACUGGAACAUUUUUUGUGUCUGAAACCAGCUCAGAUUUGAAUUUCUGCUACUAACAAUAGAGGAGAGAAUGUGCAUGGCUUUUUUUAAAUUCGUGAGCAUGUAGAAGAGAAUCGUAUAGUAUAGAAAAGGACAUUCUGUAUAUUGUUAAACAUUUGUUACUUGUAGCCUAAAAAAAGGAUCAAAUGAAUUGUUCCUAUAGCAAUACUAUACUACAAACUGAAAGAUUGGAUCAUUUUAAACUAAUAUCUUUGCAUAGUUGCUUUUCUCUCACUUGUGGGAUGAACUUUCAACAAUUUUACCCUCUGGGUAAAGAGUGAUUCUAAAAUCUUGGAAAUCAGUGAUAAAUAUUUCAGUGCCAGUUUUACAUGUGAUAAACUGUUCAUUUGCAGGCUGGAAACCUACGGGUAGCAUAUGUGGCCAGGAUCCAACCAGAACAAAGAGCUGUUUCUUAUAUAUAGGGACUUUUAAGAUCUCCUCAUUAAACGGUAUCUCACAAAGGUUCCCUCCCAAAUUCAGGGCGCCUUCUUGCAAUGAAGAAGCACAAGUGCCAACUUUUACUAAGGGUUAUUACACCUACAUGGAUGGGGUUAGAAGUUACCCAAUGCUUUUCAGUAAACUUUACUUCUCUGUGAAAGUAGAAGUGAAGACAGGCAGACAUUCUAAGCAUUCUUUGCCCUGAAAACAAAGGGAAGUAGCAACUGUGUUCAAACUCUUCCACCACAGUUUAGAAUACAUUAAUUUUUAAAACAUACAUUUAAAAUGUUCACAAUUUGAAAGGCCUGGGAGACUGACCAGCUGCUAUCUAUCAUUCCAGAUUACUAGCUUCUGCUUUUUUGAUCAUUGUGUUUUAAGACUCUUCCUUUCUCUCUCCACCUCUUGGGACAUUUUCAUACAUGAAGCUUAAAGGGCUCUUGUGUCAAUGCAGGUUUGUAAUGCAAAUAUGAAGCACCACAUGGCCUGGAAUACUGAUUGUAUUACAAACACUGCCUCUCAGCUUUCAUUUGUUCAAGAGCAACAAUCAAGUCUUAACAUAAAUAAUGCAACAGAAGCGCAAAACUGAUUGUGAGGAAAUGCUUCGAGCCAUGCCUUUGAGGACACAAGGUCUGUUCUUAUUUCUGAAGAAGAUGUACCAUACAGAAACAAUAAUUGCAACUUGAAAGUCUUGAGAGAGAAGUUGUGCUGACACGUCACAUUCAUCAAGGCAAUUUUUUUAAGCAUGGAUCUUUGGACACUUGACACAACCAAGCACAACUUGAUCUCCAUUCUUUAUGAUAUCAUCUGACAGCGCAACAGAGUAAUUUCUUGACUUUGUCCAUAGCAUGUGAUCUGGGCCCACUCUGAAUAAAAGGUGUUGAUGCAACAGCCAUAAGCA